AGUAAUUGUGUUGAAGUAAAUGGAGUUGACUAAUUAAUUAUCUCUGUAUUUGAAGUAUUAACACUCGCAAAGAAUACUGAUCAGAGAGAAAAAAACAGUGAGGAAAAUGGAGAGUUUAUCUAAAAUGUGGAAGCAACUUCAAAAGAUGUUCUGUAAAGAAGAUGGCUCUCGUCUUAAUAAUCUAGAUGAAACAUUUACUAGUUUCUGCAGGACUCCGUUACACAUAGCAGUUAUAUCUGGCGAUAUCGGAUCCGCAACAAAAAUUCUAGCUAUGAGACCUGAACUUGCAUUGAAACAAGACUCAAAUGGAUUUACUCCACUUCACCUUGCUUCUGUGAGAAGGAGUCUUCCAAUGGUGAGAUUAUUGCUAGAGAACAAACCUGCAGGUGCUAGUAUACUUCAAGAUGAAGAUGGAAGAACACCUCUACAUCUAGCAGCUAUGAAAAAUCGAGUGGAUAUCAUGAAACUACUAUUGGAAGAAGGACUAUCCGAAGCAAUUCACCUAAAGAAUCAUAAUACUGGUGAGACCAUACUACACUGUUGUGUAAAAAGUGAUAGUAGUAUUAAGACCCUAGAGCUCUUAGUAAACCAGGUUGUACAUGCGCCAAUUUCAGAGGAAAAUCCAAAUCCUAUAUCUAUCAACUCCACGGACAACAGUGGCAACACCAUCUUGCACCUUGCUGCAAAAAUGGGGAAUAUGAAGAUUACAAAUUAUUUACUGCUGAAUAAUAAUGUAAAAAUUAAUAUAAACGUGGUAAACGAGGAGCGCCUCAAAGCCUUGGAUAUGUUAUCGCAAGCUAAAGGGAAUGAUCUAAAAUUCGGGUUUUAUAGUUAUUUUGUACACCAUGAGACGCAUAAGAGUAAAAGUUUGUCUGAAAACGGUGAUCAUGAAGGGCUGAAAGACAGGGUCAAUGCAAUAAUGGUGGUGGCAACGUUGGUAGCAGGAAUCGCAUUUCAAGCUGCAAUGAACCCUCCAGGCGGGGUUUGGCAAGAUGAUUCCAAAGUUAACUCUAAUACCGACCCCAUUACUUUUGCUUAUUAUCUGGAGUCAAGAUAUGGCUCCUCCUUGUCUGAUGGUUUCGAUAAGUUCUUUGAUGAAAACGUGCCAGAUCACGCAUACAGUGAUGAACAAUAUGAUGGCCUUUACAAUCUUGUGGAUGGUCUAAUGAGUUUGCAGGGUGGUGACGAUUAUUACGAUAUGACAGCGGAUGGUUUAAUUGUGGAUGAUUCGGCGUUUACCAAAGUUGUUUCAAACUACAGCAACAGUUGGAAUAGUAGUAAUGGUGUUUUUUUCCCUUAUCUAAUACGGUACGCUGGAUACCCUAUAUUGGCUUACAAAUACCCAACAGAAUACGUGUAUUACAUGAUUACUAAUGGGGUUGCGUUUCUUGUGUCUCUGACUAUAAUAUUUUUGGUCAUAUGUGGGUUUAUGAACGGAACAUCUGUUACUCAAGUUCGUAUUCUGGUCGUGUUGAUGUGUAUUCCAAUCGGAUGUAUCGCCUUCGGUUAUAUGUCAAUAAUAGAAGCUAUGGUACCAGACUUUUAUACUCAAGCAGUUUAUGUGUAUGUUGUACUCCAAAUAUUUCUUGGAGUCUGCUGCUUACUGGGAGUACUUUGGUUCUUCGUCUGGACUGCAUGGAAGAUAUUUAAGCUGCGAAAGAAAACGAGAGACCAACAUAUUGGAGUUAUUAAUUACCUUAAAGCGCUCUUCUUCAGCAUGGAUGAAAAGACGGUAGGAAAACUUGUUUUGUUUAUUGUUUGUUAUGGUGCUUUCCGUCUUAUUGGAGGAUAUCUUAAUCAUAUUGGUGAUGGUGGUUGGUCACAUAUUAACCCGUUUUUGAAGUAAACUAAACUUGAUUUCCCGUUUUUGUCUUAAAUCCAUGUGUGUGAUCUACUGAUCUUGCUGUUUAUUAGACCCCUAUUUAUUACGAUGUUUGUGUACCUCGAUUAUUUAUGAAACAAAAAGAAAAGAACUUGUAUUAGUAGUUGUUUUUA